AUGGACAUGGAUGAGACCACCAAGGAAGAGAGGAUCAGACCUCUGGACUUCGUGGGCACCUUUAGUAACCGAUGGUCCUAUGGAAUCGCCUUUGGGGCCACAGCCAAUAAGGUCAUGUUCUUGUUCUCAGAAAACUACCAGCUCCUGCAGGUGCCGCAGUGGGCUCAAGCCUUUGUGCUUCUGAUCGGAGGUAUCGAGGUCGGCCUGUCCCACUUCCCCUUCUUUGCCUGCCUUUCUUCGGAGUUCCGGCUAGUCAGCUCCAUCCUUGGCUUCAGCUACUCUCUGAUCUGGUUUGCUGUCACCCUCUAUCACAUCACACAGUGUCCCCAUGGGCAGUUCGUGGGGAGGUACGAGGCCAUAGUGUUCUACUGGCCCUCGCUGCUGUGCCUGGCCUUCCUGCUGGGCCGCUUCCUGCACACGUUUGUCAAGUCUCUGAGGGUCCGCCUGGGCUGGGAGCUCCCGAUGGAAGAAAAGCCUUUCUUGGAAGUUCACCAGGCCGAGCACGUCAAAAAGCUCCUGAGGAAGUUGCCCGUGCAGGAGAAAAAAAAGUCUUGGUUUCAAACCAGGGUAUAUGAGUGGGACCCCUGCUUUCAGUUCCCAAGCCGAAUGAUCGGAACCACUGUGUUGGCUUUUAUCUGCCUGUACCUUUUCAUUGCCAUUGAGUUCUACAUGUUCGUGUAUGUGAGAGAUGAGCUGGACGUGUUUGAAGGUGAAUUGGAGAGCUACCUCGCCUCCGUGAACCGGACGGGGACCCUGACCCCAGUCAUCCUGCAGGUGAAGGAGCUGAUGAGUGUUGCCGAAGGAGUCUGGGUGGUGACCAUUUUGCCUGCCUCCCUCACGUGUGUGAGCUACCUGUUUCACAUUUUGGCCUGUUACAGAAAGCACAUGAAGAGGUUGUGGGCAGGAGAUAAACACUUUCUCCCUUUGAAGUUCCACAAUCCUUCCUCGUCGGAGAGUGUGGUGGCCAUUGCAAGGUACUCUGGCUGGCAAAUAGCCUACAUUCUGUGGGGCUACCUCAUCAUCCACGUGGUGCAGAGCCUGUGUGGCCUGGCCAUCAUGUAUGGCCUGGUGUUGCCCAUCAUCCACAAGCAGGGCCUGGAGAUGCUCCGAGGACUGGGCAUCGGGACCAUCACCAUAGCCAUCAUCCUGGGUCUCAUGAUCCUGCAGAUAUGGAUCGCUGCCAGCUUUUUCCUGCAACCAAAGAUGGGCACAGCCGACAAGCAGAAGCCCUUGGCUCUCAACAACAGGAAAGCGUUCCACAACUUCAACUACUUUCUGUUCUUCUACAACGUGCUGCUGGGCCUGGGCGCCUGCCUCUCCAGGCUGCUCAUCAGCUGCAUCCUGGGCACGUGGCUGAUCGCCCGCAUCGACAGGACCAUCGUGCAGAGUGGCUAUGAGGGAGCAGACAUGGGGUACAGUGCAUGGAUUGGCAUGCUCUAUGUGGAUCAUUAUCAUACCAACCCUGUGCUUGUCAGCUUUUGCCACAUCCUGAUCACAGGCCACAGGGAGAGAAGGCUGCAGCAGGCCAUCAAAUACUGGUACCUAAAUCAGUCAGCAGGUCCCCGCAUCUCAGCCAGGUCCAGGACGAGGUGGCUCCUGCUGCAGACCCUCAUCAACAACCCCAGACUGGUCAUGCUCAGAAAAUCGAGAGCAGGUUAUGGUUCCCAGGAGUUUACCCCGAUUCCAGUGAUGUGCUUGGAAUGCUGACGCUGACCUGCAACUGUGCCACCAGG